CAAUUGAUAAGAAAUAACAAAGAAAGUAAAGUAAAUAAAAAUAUUUUUUUGAAUUCAGAAUUUUGUUAAAAUUUGUCGAAAUACAAUAAAAACUCUAGGCGAUUUAAGCACGUGAAGCACUAUAGAGAUUAAUAACAAUCUGAUUUAUAAAACCUAAACACCAACAAUUUAAUCAUUUAAUAAAAACCCCCGGAAUAUACAUGGCUUUUCUUUGUAAAAACACUAAAUUAAAAGAAAUGUGCAAAAAACCAAACACCAUGUUAAAUUAAGCAAAAAGUGGACAAAUAUCUAAAACUAGACUAAACUCAAAUUUCAAGUGAAAAAGUUUCGGUAGUAUAUUGAAAAAUACACCAAUAAUCUGGGAUAAAUCCUCAAAGAGAAGUUUUCUACUGCUGCCGUUGCUGUUCCUUUUAACCACAAACUUAUAGUUAUUGUAAAGUUUUUAUUUUUUUCUUCUGUUUGUUUUACCACAUUACACGACAUUAUGAUCCUAAGAAGUGUUUUUGGUUUUGUUUUUGCAUUAUGUCUACAUGUUGGAUUAACAGCGAAUUUACAACGUCAAGAGUUAUCGAUCCCAGAAUGUGCCGCUAAAGUGGGAGAAUGUGAUGAGAGUAAAGGACGACCGGUUUGUGGCACCGAUGGUCAAACAUAUCCCACUCGCUGUCACUUACUAAGGGUGCAAUGUAGUGGUCAUCAAGUAAGCAUUAGAUAUCGAGGGCUUUGCAAAGCCUGUAAUGUAGCUCGUGAAUAUGCGCUCAAGCAUCGCACCAAAAAUCCACUAAAAUUCAUACCACGUUGCAAAAAAGAUGGCACUUAUGCUUCCAUACAAUGCCUCACGAAUAGUGGUUGCUGGUGCAGUGAUAUUACCGGAACACCUAUAGAUAAUACAACGGUGCGCACGGUGGGCCGGCUCAAGUGUCGUGAAUUUAAUAAGGCCUACACUAGACGUUCACCCUCUCGCAAUUCGAGUGGGAAUAAGAAACGAUCUUGCAGCCAAGAUGAUCGUGCCACAUUUAAUACAAAUCUCAUAGGACUUUUCCACAGUGAAUACUUAAGGAUGGGAUUUUCGUUGAAUAAGAAUCGUAAGGCCGUAGAUGCCUUUGUACCCACACUCGAUGAGGCAGAGGUUCUUAAUUGGAAAUUUACCGAUUUGGAUGUGAACAGCAAUCAAAUGUUGGACAAAAAUGAAUAUCGUGAAUUAAAGAAACUUGUGAAGAGGGCUGUGAAACCCAGACGAUGCGGACGUGCUUUUGGCAAAUUUUGUGAUGUUGACAGUGAUGCACGUUUAUCACGUCUCGAAUUUAAUAGUUGUUUAUCCAAGGAUGGUAUUAACAGACAUUUUGCAAAUAUGGGUCAAAAACAUAAUAACACAAAACAUCGUAAAAAUAAUCAUCAUGUCUUACACACCAACACGGUCUAUCGUCAUUCGUCCGCCUCUGCUCCCUCCACUACCCAACACCACAACCAACAACACUCUAUCCAAGACAACAACCAUUCACAUCUAGAUCACAAUCAAAAUUCGAAUCCUAAUCCAAACCAUUUUAACAUACUACAUCAUAACAAUAAUAAUCAUCAAAAUCGUUUACGUCCAGAUUCUUAUGAAAAUGAAAGUAAUCCAGCCGACGAUGAGGAUGACGAUGAUAAUAGUAGUCAUACAGCUGAUUAUACGGAUGAUUAUGAGGAUGUUGAUGAUGAUCAUAUGGCGUCAAUUAAUUCACCUACAAAAUUUCCAUCUAUCAAUAUUUUAAGCACCAGCGCUAGCGUCAGCACCAAGAGCAAGGAUAAUGAACCGGAUUAUGCGGCAUGCCUUGCCGAUCGCAAAGAUGCUCUUACACAAAAUGAAGAGAAUUUAAAGAAUGGUAAGAAAGUGGGUCAUGUUCCAAUUUGUACGACGGAUGGCCGUUUCCAGCGUGUCCAGUGUUAUGACUCGAUAUGUUGGUGUGCCAAUGAAGAAACUGGUGAAACUUUAAAUGGUACUAGUGUGAAAAAUCGUGUUCCUCAAUGUGGUGCUGUGACACGAGCUAUGAAGGGUUGCCCGAACGAAGUUAAACUAGUUUUUCUUAAAGAUCUCAAAGAAUUUUUAAAAACCAAAAUAAUUGCUGGCUCAAACGAGGGUGCCAAUACUACCCAGUGGAAAUCAGAAGAUGAGCGUAUCGCUACCUUAAGUUAUGUGAUAUUGGAUAAGAAUAAAAAUAAGUCUUGGGAAAAGAAGGAAUGGAAAAUAUUUAGAGAAUUAGUUGCCAAUAAUAGAACUUUGCGACGUUGUGGUCGCAAAAUGCCCAGAUAUUGUGAUGUUAAUGGUGAUAAGAAAAUUUCAUUAAGCGAGUGGCUAAGUUGUCUACAAUCUCAUAGAGUGGAUGUAAAUACGCAACCAGACUUUAAACCUCCAAUUCAUAUGUUAUCAAAUGAUACAACCUUUGCCAAACCCCCCAAACUCAAUGGAACGAAUCCUUUGACUAUAUAUCUAACAUAGAAACGUUAAAAACCGAAUCGAAUUCCGAGAGCAAAUUAUGUUUGAGUUCCAAAAACAUGAAUUGUAUACUUCAUAUAGUUAUAUGUAAACAUAAUUAAUUUCCUUUGAAAUCUGUUAAACAUGUAUUUCGAUUUAAAAUCGUUGGUAGUGAGGAUUUCAACUUUUUAUGUUUCUAUCUUUUUUUAAUUGUUAAAAAGUGCCAUGUUGCAAGUUAUUUUUAUUGAAAAAAAUAU